AUGCCUCGUCGAUUCAGCAGCAACUCCUCCAACGACACCCCCUCCAACUCCCCGUCCUUUUCAUCUGCCUCCGGAAAGGGCGGUACCGCCAUCAAGGCGCCCACAGUCAAAUCCAAUCGUCUGUCCCAGUUCUUUUCGGUCUCGCCCAAGUCCAAGUCCGAACCUCAGACUGCACAGGCUGCCCUUCAAGCGGCUAGUGGAACCUCUCAACCUAACACUUCGUCUCCGCCGAUCAGUUCGGCAUCACUGUCCUUACCGACGAUUUCUCUGUCGACGGCCACAGCUGACAAUCCUAAUAUGGACGAACUGCCGACCACACUCUUCCAACCUCCGACCCCGGAGGAAGCACGCCGCCUGGCCAAGCAGCAUGCCCAAUUCGGUCCUAUCGGCCAUGCCAGCCACCGGUAUUCGAGUCGACACCCUGGCGGCGUCUUCCCGGAGCCGGUGAUGGACGAGCCGCCGUAUUAUUAUCUGCUCACCACUUAUAUCAGUUACCUCAUCCUAAUCGCCUUUGGCCAUGUCCGUGAUUUCUUUGGCAAACGCUUCCGCGAAGAAAACUAUCGACACCUGAAACCCCGCAACGGCUAUGGUGCGCUCAACAGUGAUUUCGACAAUUUUUACGUGCGUCGUCUGAAGCUGCGAAUCAAUGACUGCUUCGAGCGGCCCGUCACCGGCGUUCCUGGGCGAACGAUUACUUUGAUUGACCGGGCCACGGAUGACCACAACCAUCACUUCUAUCUGACGGGUACCACGACGGAUACACUGAACCUCAGCUCCUACAACUACCUCGGCUUCGCGCAGUCGGAAGGCCCUUGUGCAGACAUUGCAGAGGAGUCGAUCAGGAAAUACGGAAUCACUUCUCCAAGCACUCGGGCGGAAGUCGGCACGCAAGACCUUCACGUUGAAGUCGAAGAUCUGGUCGCCAGGUUUGCGGGCAAGGAAGCGUCCAUGGUAUUCUCGAUGGGCUUCGGUACCAACGCCAACAUCUUCCCGGCCCUUGUCUCGAAAGGCUGUCUCCUCAUCUCCGAUGAACUGAACCACGCUUCGAUCCGCUUUGGCGCUCGUCUCUCUGGGGCCUCGAUCGCUAUGUUUAAGCACAACGACAUGAAAGACCUGGAAAUCAAGCUUCGCGAGGCCAUCUCUCAGGGCCAACCUCGCACUCACCGCCCCUGGAAGAAGAUCCUAGUGGUGGUCGAGGGUCUGUACUCGAUGGAAGGAUCCAUGUGCAAUCUCCCUGGUCUGGUUGCAUUGAAGCAUCAGUACAAGUUCAAUUUGUUCGUUGACGAGGCCCAUUCGAUCGGAGCCAUCGGUCCCAAGGGGCGCGGUGUAUGUGAUUUCUUUAGUAUCCCCACCUCCGAGGUGGAUGUUCUCAUGGGCACACUCACCAAGUCCUUUGGUGCGAAUGGAGGCUACAUUGCAGCGGACAAGGUGAUGAUCGACAAGCUUCGCGCUACCGACUCUGGCAUCUUUUUUGGAGAGGCACCUGCCCCCGCGAUUCUGACCCAGAUCUCCUCUGCUCUGCGUAUUAUUUGCGGUGAACUCGUCCCUGGCCAAGGCGAGGAGCGAUUGCAGCGGUUGGCCUUCAAUUCGCGAUACCUCCGUCUCGGAUUGAAGCGUCUUGGCUUUAUAGUGUACGGUCACGACGAUUCGCCAAUCAUCCCUGUUCUUCUCUUCAACCCGGCCAAGAUGCCCGCAUUCUCGCACGAGAUGCUCCGUCGAAAGAUCUCGGUCGUCGUCGUCGGCUACCCGGCCACUCCAUUAGUUUCCUCCCGGGCUCGUUUCUGUGUGUCCGCGGCCCACACCAAGGAGGACCUGGACCGGGUCCUGACCGCUUGUGAUGAAAUCGGCAACGUUUUGCAGCUGAAGUUCUCCACGGGCAUUGCGGGCGGCGCGUUCCCCCCAACUGAAGAAUUGGCCCCUCCCCCUGAGAUGGAGAAGGAGUGGCACCGCAAGCGCUCGGACCAAAUGACGCCUCCCCGAUGGCGGGUCGAGGAUGUGAUCCGACGUGGUGUCCAAGAUGUCCAAUCACCCUUGUAUUAA